AUGGCUCCAUUAUCUACAGAUGCAGAGAUGUUAUCUCUGCCAUCUCUCGAAGAUCUGACCUCAACUAACGCCAGAUCGAUAAUCAUCCCUUAUAUUAUCCACUUUUCCGCCACUUCUCCACCACCGGAACAUCCACUUGAGGUAAGAGUAAUGGUGGAUGCAACGAACAGAUCAAUUACAUUCAUUGAGGUUAAGGAAGCGCCUUUACCUGCAACUAAAACGUCAAUUGAAUCGAUGCCGGUGGUUUCGGUUUUCGAACAAGGGAUUGAAUGCGCCAUCUGUUUGUUAGAAUUUGAAGUCGGUGAUGAAGCUAAGGAGAUGCCAUGUACACAUAAUUUUCAUUCAAAUUGUGUUGCGAAGUGGUUGGGAAUUAAUGGAUCGUGUCCGAUUUGUAGGUAUAAGAUGCCAAUUGAAAGUGCAGAGGAUGAAGUUAUGUUUACGUUUGAUGUUAUUGUUAAUCAUGAUUUUGAUAAUUGGGAUUUUGAUUUAGAAUCCGAUUUUGGCGAUGAAUCGACACCUGAAGAUAUGGUCGUAGACAGCAAAUAA